CAGGGACUGCGCGGCCACUUGUCCUUCAGCUCAGCGCACAAUGUGUCACUCUCGAAGCUCCCUCCCCACCAUGACCGUCCUGCGGGCUCCGGCCCCGGUCCCCUCCACCAGCCCGGGACCCCGACGAGGCUCCGGCCCCAAGAUCUUCACCUUCGACCCUCUCCCGGAGACCAAGGUGGCCCCCGCUGCACGCCCCAGCGCCUCCCGCGGGCACCGAAAGCGCAGCCGUAGGGUCCUCUACCCACGAGUGGUCCGGCGUCAGCUGCCAGUCGAGGAUCCGAACCCUGCCAAAAGGCUGCUCUUUCUCCUGCUCACCAUCAUCUUCUGCCAGAUCCUGAUGGCUGAAGAGGGUAUGUCGACAGCACUGGUCCCGGAGGACACCCCCAGCGCGCAGACCCCCGCGCCCACCGUUGCGCCCCCGGUCCUCGAGCCCCUUAAUCUGACCUCGGAGCCCUCGGACUACGCUUUGGACCUCAGCACUUUUCUCCAGCAACACCCGGCCGCCUUCUAACCGGACUCCCCACACCCACAGAAGAAUCUGAAAAACCAAGAAACACUGGGUGUACCUGGUGCGAGAGAGAGCGUAUCCCAAACUGGGACUCCCAAGGCAACUCGCACUCAGAACACUACAGCGGAGAUGCCAGCCCGAGCCUGGGAGAGACAGGCAUCGACACGCCGGGGCUAG